AUGGCAACCGUUGCCGUAAAUGGGUUAGUAUCAAAUGGAGGAAAGCUCCAAGCUUGCAACUCCAGGCCAUGUUCUUCUUCUUCUUUCCUUGGAGGAGAAAGGCUCAAACUCAGGACUUUCUCCGAUUCAUUUCGACCCGGAAAAUUUCACACCUCGAGGUCCAAAAAUCUUGUAGUUCUGGCAUCUGGGAUUGAUUUAGCUAACUUUGUUAAUGACCUUUUUGUGGGUGUUGGAGUUGGACUUCCGUGUACGGUUAUGGAGUGUGGUGAUAUUAUUUACAGAAGCACACUUCCUAAAUCCAAUGGCCUCUCGCCUACAGUGCCUGGGGUGAUUUUAGCAUUAGGCACUCUGUCGUAUUUGUGGGCUACUCCUGGUGUUGCUCCUGGCUUUUUCGAUAUGUUUGUGCUUGCAUUUGUUGAAAGACUAUUUCGGCCCACUUAUAAGAAGGAUGACUUUGUCCUUGGGAAGAAAUUGGGUGAAGGUUCAUUUGGUGUGGUUUACAGAGCUUCUCUAACCAAAAAUCCCUCUGCAAAGGGAGAUUUAGUCGUGAAAAAGGCUACUGAAUAUGGAGCUGUGGAAAUAUGGAUGAAUGAACGUGUGCGAAGGGCUUGUGCUAGUAGCUGUGCUGAUUUUUUGUAUGGCUUUCUCGAGAGUUCUUCAAAGAAACAAGCCGAGUAUUGGCUCGUGUGGCGAUUUGAAGGAGAAUCCACACUUGCAGAUUUGAUCCAGAGUAAAGAGUUUCCUUAUAAUGUAGAGGCGCUGAUUCUUGGGGAGGUUCUGGACUUGCCCAAGGGGAUUGAAAGAGAAAAUAAAAUUAUUCAGACAAUUAUGAGGCAAAUCUUAUUUGCGUUGGAUGGUCUUCAUUCCACAGGGAUUGUACACAGGGAUAUUAAACCGCAGAACAUAAUUUUCUCUGAAGGUUCUCGCUCAUUUAAGAUUAUUGAUCUUGGAGCCGCCACAGAUUUAAGGGUUGGCAUUAAUUAUGUUCCAAAGGAAUUUUUGUUAGAUCCAAGGUAUGCUGCACCGGAGCAAUACAUCAUGAGCACUCAAACACCCUCUGCACCUUCAGUUCCAGUUGCAACAGCACUUUCCCCUGUCCUGUGGCAGCUAAAUUUACCAGACAGAUUUGACAUCUACAGCGCCGGCCUCAUAUUCCUACAAAUGGCCUUCCCUGGACUACGAACUGACAGUAAUCUGAUAACUUUUAACCGCCAGCUUAAGCGAUGUGACUAUGAUCUGGUUGCAUGGCGGGAUACUGUCGAGCCUCGUGCAAACAAUGAGCUGCGCAGGGGUUUCGAGUUGUUAGAUCUGGAUGGUGGAAUAGGGUGGGAACUAUUAACUUCAAUGGUUCGCUACAAAGCACGCCAGCGGAUUAGUGCAAAAACAGCUUUAGCUCAUCCUUAUUUUGACAGAGAGGGUCUAUUGGCUUUAUCAUUCAUGCAAAAUCUGAGAAUGCAAUACUUUAGAGCCACGCAACAGGACUACUCUGAAGCAGUUACAUGGGUCAUUCAGCUGAUGGCAAAGUCAGGAACAGAGCGAGAUGGUGGCUUCACUGAAGCUCAACUUCAGGAACUUAGGGAUAUACAGCCUAGAAAGAAAAGUGCGCAAAGGAAUGCACUUGCAUCAGCUCUGAAGCUGCAACGGAAAAUCAUAAGGACACUGACUGAGAGCGUGGAUGAACUUAAUCGACGCCGGAAGAGCUUGUGGUGGAGCAGGUGGAUUCCAAGAGAGGAAUGA